CGCGGUCCGCUCUUAUUUCCCAUCGGCCCCUGCGUCUCCCUCUCUUCCUCUCCGCUGUCUAAGGAGGUUAGUCACACCGCUGACACCAUGGCAGCACUAAGGCCUCUGGUCAAGCCCAAGAUUGUAAAGAAAAGGACCAAGAAGUUCAUCCGCCAUCAGUCCGACCGCUAUGUCAAAAUCGCGAAAAACUGGCGUAAGCCCAGAGGUAUCGACAACAGGGUCCGCAGGCGGUUCAAGGGCCAGAUCCUGAUGCCCAACAUCGGUUACGGCAGCAGCAAGAAGACCAAGCACAUGCUGCCCUCCGGGUUCAGGAAGUUCCUGGUCCACAACAUCAAGGAGCUGGAGGUCCUCAUGAUGAGCAACAAGACACAUUGCGCAGAAAUCGCCCACAACGUGUCGUCCAAGAACAGGAAGCUGAUCGUGGAGAGAGCAGCACAGCUGGCCAUCAAGAUCACCAACCCCAACGCUCGCCUCCGCAGCGAGGAGAACGAGUGACCUGCCUCUCUCUGCGACCACUCGCUCAAUAAAGCCUCACACAUUUACAAUU